AGACAGAGCGCGUGAGACAGAGCGCGUGAGACAGUGGGAGUGAGAGACACCCGAGUGCUCCAGCGCGCGCUUCCCUCCUCAGUCUGCCCCGGGUCUGAUCAACCUGCCCUCAGCUCAGUGUGUCAGCAACACCAGGACUAUACACACGGAGAGACAGAGAGAGAGAGAGAGACACACACACUCACACACUCUCCGCGCUGUGGAUUUGUGCACCCGGAUCUGGCGUGGACUUUUUAUUAUUAUAUUUUUCCCCCAUUCUUUUUUUUUCUAUCCUAAAAGGAGUGAGGAUUUGUGCAGUCAGUACUCCUGGAGCCAACCCCGCUGCACGAUGCUUUCGGACGGGUUCCGGUUGGUCCGGAUUCUCCUCGUUCUCUCUGUCCUGCUGGUUCCGAGCUCCGCCAACGAUGCGCUCUCCGCUCCCCGGGUCUUCCUCUCCUUUAAAGAAAUGAGGUCGACGAACACGGCGCAUCACUUCUCCUUCCUGUUAAACACUUCGGAUUACCGGAUCCUGCGCAUGGACGAGGAUCACGACCGCAUGUACGUAGGGAGCAAAGACUUCAUCCUGUCUCUGGACCUCCACGAUAUCAACCACCAGCCACUCAUCAUCCACUGGCCUGUCUCCCCACCUAGGAAGUUGGAGUGUGUGUUAAGUGGUAAAGACAACAACGGCGAGUGCGGUAACUUUGUGCGUCUGAUCGAGCCGUGGAACAGGACUCACCUGUACGUGUGCGGGACUGGAGCCUACAACCCCGUGUGCACCUUCAUCAACCGCGGACACAGAGCCAUGAUGCCCCUGCACCUGCAGGUGCCCCAGGCCAGAGGGAGGACGAGUCGGGCAGCCGAGCUGGAGACUGUGACUGAUGAGACCGGGCUACAGGAGUACAUCUUCCGUUUGGAGCCAGGCAACGAGGAUUCUGGGAAAGGAAAGUGUCCGUACGAUCCCAAACUGAACAGCGUCUCUGCUUUGAUCAACGGAGAGCUGUACGCAGGCGUGUACAUCGACUUCAUGGGAACAGACUCUGCUAUUUUCCGAACGCUGGGAAAAAACACGGCCAUGCGCACGGACCAGUACAACUCCAGAUGGCUGAAUGACCCUUCGUUUGUGCACGUGCACCUCAUCCCAGAUAGUGCAGAGAAAAACGACGACAAGCUCUACUUCUUCUUUCGCGAAAAGUCUUUGGAGAUGGGCCAGAGUCCUAAAUCAGAGUCACGCAUCGGACGCAUCUGCCUGAACGAUGAUGGUGGUCACUGCUGCCUGGUGAACAAGUGGAGCACGUUCCUCAAAGCGCGCCUCAUCUGCUCUGUCCCAGGGGCCGACGGAGUCGAAACGCACUUCGACGAGCUGAGAGACGUGUACAUACAACCAACACAGGACACCAAGAACCCGGUCAUCUAUGGAGUCUUCUCUGUCUCUGGCUCGGUGUUUAAAGGCUCAGCGGUGUGUGUUUACUCCAUGGCCGAUGUUCGGAUGGUAUUUAACGGACCGUUCUCACACAAGGAGGGUCCGAACUACCAGUGGGUGGCGUACACGGGAAAAAUCCCCUACCCACGACCAGGAACGUGUCCUGGAGGAACCUUCACCCCCAACAUGAAGUCCACCAAGGAUUACCCGGACGAGGUCAUCAACUUCAUGCGCAACCACCCAACCAUGUACAACUCGGUGUACCCCGUCCACAAGCGCCCUCUGGUGGUCCGGACAAAUGUUGACUACGAGUUCACCACCAUUGCAGUUGACCAGGUGACGGCGGCCGAUGGAAGCUACGAGGUCCUCUUCCUGGGAACAGACAAAGGGACGGUACAGAAGGUGAUUGUUUUGCCCAGAGACGACCUGCAGACCGAGGAGCUUAUCCUCGAGGAGGUUGAGGUGUUUAAGGUCCCGACUCCUAUUACGACCAUGAAGAUUUCAUCCAAAAGGCAACAGCUGUACGUGGCGUCAGUGGUGGGCGUGACCCAGCUCGCUCUGCACAGGUGUGACGUGUACGGCGAGGUGUGUGCUGACUGCUGCCUGGCCCGAGACCCGUACUGCGCCUGGGACGGCAAAUCCUGCACCCGCUACUCAGCCUCGCACAAGAGACGCAGUCGGAGACAGGACGUUAAAUACGGCAACCCGAUGCGGCAAUGCCGUGGCUACAACUCCAACGUCAAUAAGAACACUCUGGAGAUGGUGCAGUAUGGUGUGGAGAGCAGCAGCACGUUUCUGGAGUGUCAGGCCAGAUCUCCGCACGCCGCCAUCAAAUGGCACUUCCACAAAGAUAACAGUGACCGGAAAAGAGAGAUUCGUUCAGACGGCCGCGUGCUGAAGACGGAUCAGGGAUUGCUCCUCCGAUCUCUGCAGCCCUCCGACUCGGGCGUGUACGUCUGCACAGGCACCGAGAAAAACUUCAAACACACGCUGAUGAAGCUGCAGCUAGUGGUGCUGUCGAGCCAGGCGGUGAACAGCGUGCUCCUGGAGAGCGGCUCGCGGCCUCAGGCGAGCGCGUGGACCCCCAGCGCGGGCCAGUACCGAGAGCUUCUCAGCAUCCUGAGCCAACCCGAGAUGGGCCUCAUCAACCAGUACUGCCACGACUACUGGCAGCUCGGGGACACGCACCGAGACAGCGGCAGCGUCAAACCCAGCGAACUCAAUGAGCAGAAGAAGCCGCGCAACCGCAGGCAUCAUGGCAAAGAGCACGAGGACGAGGAGGAGACAUGAGGACCUCCAUUACGCCUGCAGAGACUCUAUCCUGAGCGUGAUG